AUGCAUCUCCAGGCUCUUUUGUCCCUCCUUGUUAAGCCUUCUUGGGUCUCAUGUGUGAUUAUUGGGGGAUCAUUUGCCAUGAAUUACUACGUAUCCCCAGCUUGGCUUGGGGAUAAGAUUUCUGAAUCAGAGGACUUAGUAGAGCCAUCUCAUCUGAGUUUUACUGAGCAAAAUCCAGCCGUCAGAGCCCCCGCGGCUGAGCCAAGUUUUAAUAGCCUCAAGGAAACCAAGAAAGACAGAAACUUCGUUCAUCUCAUUGGUACAGCAAGUAUACCUCUGAAAGCUGAUAAUGAGGAAAGUUCCGGAAUAAGAAAUGUCAAUAAGCACUCGCCUAUAAGCUUGAAUACACCCCAGACGAAUCCGGAGAUCCUCGAAAUCUCAGGCCCAGUUCCAUUUGACAUAGAAAGCGGGGUUACCGAAGAGGCAGAAAGUGGUGAAAAAGCACACAUCGACUCAAGUUCGAUGGGGAUGCUACCAAUUCCUAUCCUGGAUGGCAUCCGGAAUAUUUGGUUCAAAAUUUUCUUGGCCUUGUUUGGGACUCGCUCAUGA